AUGAAUCGCUUUUCCAGUUGUCUUGAGACACGUUCAAUCCAAAGAGGCAUUGUGACUCAAGGUCCCGUAAAAUCUGGAAAACAACCGAAUUCUGGCUCCCAGAAACUCAAUGAGGGGUCAAAGGUUCGCAAACGACCGAUUGACGAUGACCAAAUCUCGAAGAAAUCCUUCCCUGACUCCGAAAAAUUAGAGCACGUGCCUGAAUCAUUUGAUUCUCUUAACCAGGGAAGUGAAGAUAGCGAUGCUGCAAGUGGUACAGACGGUGGAACAGGGGGAGAUGACUUAGGUUUGGACAUGGUUGGUUCCUCCUGCGAUCCAAAGCGAACCCGGACGGCCUACACUAGACAACAGAUACUGGAGCUUGAAAAGGAAUUCCAUUACAACAAGUAUCUGACACGAAAACGGCGCCUAGAAAUUGCUCAUACGCUAAGUCUGUCAGAGAGGCAAAUCAAGAUCUGGUUUCAGAAUCGCCGAAUGAAGUGGAAGAAGGAGCACUGCUUGCCUGGUAAUAAGCAGCGUCUCUCAGAACCUCCUCUUCUGAACCUUCCAAACCAAAACUUCCACAUACGUAAUCCUGAUCCUAUGCAGUUCUGUGUGAGCCGUCACAAUUUCGAAAUAAGUAGUGGAACUACGGAUCCAAUGGCGCCAAGCCGAUUUCUGCCUUUUUUUCCAAAGUACCUUUCGUCAGCUGCUGGAGUAACCAAGCCUAUGGGAGUGAUGUCACUUUCAGCACCACCGAAAAGAUUUUACGGCGAUGGAGGUGGGUUCGAUUCAGCUUGGCUCAAUGACAGAUGUUACCAGCAACCAUCACCUCAAUCUAGGUUUACCUACCCUGCAACAUCUACACAGUCCUCAACCCCUUCCCUACCUACAUCUAGUAUCCCUUUUUCAAACCCUACAGCUGUUGCGACGCCGGAUUUCUAUUCAGGCCUACUAACAGGUGGGUGGCAGUCAAAAGUCUCCUCACAACACCAAAUUCGGCUACACACGAGUUCUUCAUAUGAUGCGGGGUAUAUUAACAACACCAAUAGCAACAGCAACUCUACCUUUUUUGCCUCUGCCCAGAAGAACCCGAAUUUCUCCUUGGACGAUGAGAUAGCAAUGGCAGGCAGCAAUAACGGAAACGAAAUGGACCUCUCGGAUAUGGAGCGAGGUGGAAUUAAGAAAGAGGGUCAAAUCGACAAGUAA